AUGUCAGCCCCGACAUUCAUUUUCUCAAUUCUUCUUCUUCUUCAGUUCCUCUUUGCCUCCCUGACCUACGCCUCAGAUGGCAGUUGGCAACUCCUACAAAAAAGCAUCGGCAUCUCAGCCAUGCACAUGCAGCUCCUUAAUAACGACCGUGUGAUUAUGUUCGAUAGAACCGAUUUCGGGCCGUCAAAUUUGCCACUUCCCGGAGGGAAAUGCCGCAAUGAUUCAACUGACACGGCGCUCAAAGUGGAUUGCACAGCUCAUUCAGCCGAGUACGAUGUUUUCGCCAAUAAAUUCAGGGCUCUCAUGGUCCAAACCGAUGUUUGGUGCUCUUCAGGCAGCAUCAUGCGCGACGGUAACUUGGUCCAAACAGGUGGUUUCAAUGACGGUGACCGUAGGGUCAGGGUGUUCAACCCCUGCCGGACAUGCGAUUGGAAUGAAAUACCAAAUGGAUUGGCGGUGAAAAGAUGGUAUGCUUCUAACCAUUUAUUUCCCGACGGAAGACAAAUCAUUAUCGGUGGUCGAGGACAGUUUAACUAUGAGUUCGUCCCUAAAAACAUCGUCGCUAAUAAGAUCAAUUUACCUUUCUUGUCGGAAACCAACGACAAAUGAGUGGAGAACAAUCUCUACCCUUUCGUUUUCCUCAACGUUGAAGGAAACUUAUUCAUUUUCGCAAACAAUCGAGCCAUCUUGUUCGAUUAUGUCAACAAUAAAGUCGUCAGAAACUAUCCCACAAUCCCUGGCGGUGAGCCUCAAAGCUAUCCGAGCACAGGGUCCGCCGUUUUGCUUCCGUUGAAGAACUUGAAAGCUCCGGCCAUUCAAGCUGAAGUUCUAGUUUGUGGCGGUGCUCGUAAAGGAGCUUACCUCCAAUCUUUAAAAGGUGUUUUCAUGAAAGCAUUGGAUACAUGCGCACGGAUCACUAUAACCGACCCGAAUCCACAAUGGGUCAUGGAGACGAUGCCCUUAGCUAGAGUCAUGGGUGAUAUGAUACUGCUUCCAAACGGCAAUGUCUUGCUCAUCAAUGGCGCAGGUUCCGGUUCAGCAGGAUGGGAACAAGGUCGAAACCCAGUUUUGAGUCCCGUUUUGUACCGACCCGAUAACGCUAUCGGGUCACGGUUCGAGACACAAAACCCGACAACCAUCCCCCGUAUGUAUCAUUCCACGGCGGCUUUAUUACGUGACGGGAGGGUUUUAGUCGGCGGAAGCAAUCCUCACGCGUUUUACAACUUCACCGGCGUACUUUUCCCUACAGAACUAAGCUUAGAAGCAUUCUCACCGGCUUACUUAGACACUAAAUUCGACAACCUGCGACCGACGAUCGUCGCUCCGAAGUCGAUGUCGGGGAUGAGAUACGGGAAGAAAUAUACGAUCCAAUUGAUGAUUCUUGCAGGUGGAAAUGUGGAUGGAAAGUCAAUAUCGGUAACAAUGUUUGCACCAGCUUUCAACACACAUUCGUUUUCGAUGAAUCAAAGGUUGCUUGUUCUUGGGAACGAAAAAGCCACAGCUUUGGGGAACUCAACGUUUAACGUUGAGGCCACCAUGCCGAUUUCGGGAAAUCUGGCGCCGUCAGGGUUUUAUCUUCUGUUUGUGGUUCAUCAAGACAUUCCCAGUAAAGGAAUUUGGAUCAAGUUAUCGUAA